GGAGUGUUGCGGAGGCGUGUAAGAGUGAUUGUUGUAAACAAAGUGUUAUGUGUACGAUUAACUGGGUUUGACGAUGGCAAAUGUCGAAGAGGAAGAUAUCCAGGAUGAAGAAAUUUCCGAAGUCUUAAUUAAUUUUCCACCAGAAGUUCAGCGUGCCAUUGAACAAGUACUACCAAGCAGUGACCCACUAGAUAAGCCAGAUUUUAAUGCUGUUGACUAUAUCAAUACACUGUUCCCAACGGAACAGUCACUGUCAAACAUCGACGAUGUUAUUGGCAAUAUGCAGUACAAAAUCAGAUCAAUUGAUGAUGAAAUCCGAUCAGUCGUUAGGGGUCAAACAAAUGUUGGCCAGGAUGGACGUGCAGCUUUGGAAGAAGCACAGCGUGUUAUUCGGCAACUAUUCGUCCACAUAAAAGAUAUAAAAACGAAGGCUGAACAAUCUGAAGAAAUGGUGAAAGAAAUAACGCGAGAUAUAAAACAGUUGGACUGUGCUAAAAGGAAUCUUACUGCAGCCAUCACCACACUGAACCAUCUGCAUAUGCUGGUUGGUGGUGUCGACAGUCUGCAGGCACUCAUUAAAAAGAGGCAGUAUGGAGAAAUUGAGCUUCCAUUACAAGCAAUAAUGGAAGUAAUGAAACAUUUCCACAAUUAUAUGGACAUUCCCCAGAUCAAACAACUAGCAGAGCAGGUUAACAAAAUACAUUUGGAAUUAGCAACACAAAUAACAGCAGAUUUCCGUGAUGCUUUUUCUGGUCCUAAUGCCAAACAUUUUGCACCUACUAAACAAUUAGCAGAAGCUUGUCGAGUUGUGUCUGUUCUGGAUCCAAAAGUGAAGCGAGACCUCUUGAAAUGGUUCAUUGGUUUGCAACUGGCCGAGUAUUGUCAUCUCUUUCAGGAAAACCAAGAUACUGCUUGGUUAGACAAAAUAGACAGACGGUAUGCGUGGCUAAAGAGACAUUUACUCGAUUUUGAAGACAAAUUUGGAUCUAUGUUUCCUCCAGAAUGGGAAGUAUCAGAGCGCAUCACAGUAGAAUUCUGCAAUAUUACCAGAGAUGAGCUUUCAAAGUUGAUGCAUAAACGCAAAACAGAAAUUGAUGUGAAGCUGCUUUUAUUUGUAAUACAAAAAACAGCAAAUUUUGAAAGUCUUCUUGCAAGAAGGUUUACUGGUAUCACAUUAGAGGAGACUGAUAGGCCAACUGAGAGAAGAUUGUCGGAGGCAACUCCUUCAACAAACCCAUUUGAUGAACCUUCUGCUCCAGGUAACCCAUUUGAGGAAGAGACAGAAGACACAAAAUCUAGAGACAGUGCACCAGUUAAGCCAAAACUUUCACCUUUCCAGGGCAUCAUUGGACGCUGUUUUGAACCAUAUCUGUACAUUUAUAUUGAAAGUAUAGACAGGAAUUUGGCUGAACUUAUUGAGAGGUUCAUUCAAGAAACAAAGGAGCAACAGUCUGAUGGGAUAAAUGAUGGCACCGGAAAUGCUGUGAUGUCAUCGUGUGCUGAUUUGUUUGUCUUCUACAAAAAGUGCAUGGUACAGUGCACACAACUCAGUACUGGAGAGGCCAUGCUAGGACUCACAGCCACUUUUCAGAAGUAUCUACGAGAAUAUGCAGUAAAGCUGUUACAGAACAACCUUCCAAAGCUAGCUGCUCCAUCAUCAGGAAUGUCAAACUUGACGAGGGACCUGAGAGACCUAUCAUCAGCUGGGCUGUCUACUGCAGGACUUAUCCAAAACUUCCAAAGCCUUCUGAAAGAAGGAGAAGUAACGAGAUACACCCCAGAGGAACAGGCAAGGGUCUGCAGUAUACUUACAACAGCAGAAUAUUGCCUGGAGACAACUCAGCAAUUAGAAGAGAAGCUCAAAGAAAAAGUUGACCCUGGAUUGGCUGAGAAGAUUAAUCUGUCCCAGGAACAGGAUGUAUUUCACAAUGUGAUCUCUAACUGCAUCCAACUCCUGGUACAGGACUUGGAAUCUGCUUGUGAACCAGCACUGACUGCCAUGAGCAAGAUAUCGUGGCAGAACAUAGACACAGUGGGUGACCAGAGUGGCUAUGUUUCUGCCAUCACUUCUCAUUUGAGGCAGACAGUUCCAGUAAUCAGAGACAAUCUUGUCUCGUCGCGAAAAUACUUCACUCAGUUCUGUAUCAAAUUUGCUAAUUCCUUCAUCCCAAAACUAAUACAUCAUAUAUUUAAAUGCAAACCAAUAAGCACUGUUGGUGCUGAGCAAUUGCUACUAGACACUCACAUGCUGAAGACAGUGUUGCUGGAUUUGCCCUCCAUAGGUUCCCAAGUAAAUCGAAAGGCCCCAGCUAGUUAUGCCAAGAUAGUUAUUAAGGGAAUGACAAAAGCAGAAAUGAUACUCAAGGUUGUGAUGGCACCUAGUGAACCAGCAGCAGCUUUUGUAGAUCAGUGCAUCAAGCUUCUUCAGGGUGCAGAUAUUUCAGAGCUACAAAAGAUCCUCGAUAUGAAGGGUCUGCGACGGGCAGAGCAGAGUCAGCUGGUAGAACUGUUCCGCCAAAAACUGCCACCACCUCCUCCACUGGGAGGUAGUCCCAUGCUUGGACCACCGGGUUCUCCACUGCCACCUCUGGGUCUUGGCAGCCCAGACCACGAGUCGAGUCGCAUCAAGAAGCUUGAAAAACUUAUCAAGAAAAGACUGUGAACUCAGCCAAAGUGCCAGACUCAGCUAUGGCAUGUGCUAAUAGUCUUAAACAGUAACAUAUGGAUAGCAGUAUCAGGAGCAUUUGGUGCAAAAAGAGGAGCUGUAGUUGUUUUGAAAUAAAAUCAUAGUCAGUA